AUCCAGGUUUGCGACAAGUCGUUUCGCCAUGUGAGCGGUUUCUACACCCACAUACGCAUUCACACUGGAGAGAAGCCUUACAAAUGCGACUUUUGUGGCAAGGUUUUUGGCAAUGCAAGCAACUACCAGACGCACAGGAAGAUACACACCAAAGAAAUGCAAUUUCAAUGUGAAACGUGUGGCAAGGAGUUCAUUCAACAGAGCAACUUCAGCCGUCAUCUGCGCAUCCAUACCCGGGAGCAACCCUACCAGUGCGAUAGGUGCGACCAGCGCUUCGCCUACUCUACCUCCUUAAAAAAACAUCAACAGAAAGCUCACGGCGUAAAGCCGCUGACCUGCCAACUUUGUGAAAAAACGUUUCUCAACGAGGCCAGCCUUCUUCGACAUAGAACAGGCUGUGAGCUACGAGACUGCAUCAAGUUGGACAGCCCGGAAUCCUCAAUGAGCGUGCUUUGA